AUGGCGAGCUUCUGCUCGGUUGGGUUUGGUUCUGGUAAUCCUAGUACUCUUGGUGCUUCUCCUACUACUACUGCUGCUAAAAACACAACUACAAUCCUUGGCACUUGUACGCUUGCGUCAUCUCCUGGAGUUUUAACCAUAGAAGCAACUACAACUAAAGCUAAUGUUUUUGAUUUGAACGAUCCACCUGUUGAUAAGCCAGGAAAUGCUGAUGCAAAGGUUGUUGCUCUAAAUACUAUAAAUGGUAUAAUACUUCGGGGUAAUUUUGGUGUUACAACUACAGAUGCCAUAGGCUUAGAAAUCACUAAUACUAGUGCAUCAGCUAUCGUAUUAAACUUAACUAAAAAAUUUAUAAUAAAUAGUACUGCAACAAUACAAGGGUCAAAAAGUGGCUUUGUCUUAAACGGAUCACUCACCAUAAUAAAUGCUGAUAUUGAAAAUAGUGGCACUAUUGGAGGUGGUGUUGUUAUUGGUGAAAGUAAUAAAACAGCAUUUCCUUUAAGGCCUGGAGCAGAUACUACUACUCAUAAAGUUGUAUUCACCAACACCGGAAAAGUUACUGGUGGGUUUGAUAUUAAGGGAAAACAAGCCGAAUCUACUACGAAUAAUGGUGUUACUGCUAAUGCAGUAGCUACUUUUGAAUUAGUUAAUAACUCGGCGAAUGCUAGUAGCAUCACUGGUGAUAUUACAUUAGGCAGUGGUAGUAAUAUAACAUUCAAACUAACCAACACUAAAGGCACGAUUAGCUCUGAUAAAAUAACCGUAACUGAGAUUAAUAAUAGCGGCGAUAUUGGAAAAAAUAGUACUAGCUUAACAAUAACCGCCACCGAACUUACUAAUACAGGUGCAAAUGCUACAAUUACAGCUACUGAUAUUAAUGGUUCGGGUGCCGCAUCAAAAAUAACUAAUACUAGUGGUGGGAAAAUUACUGCGAAUGCUAUUAAUAAAAAUAAUACACUAAAUAUAAUUAAUAAGGGUAAUAACAGCACAAUCACAGUUACAACCAAAAUAACCGCCACUGAAAUAAGCAACACCGAUGGUACGAUUACAGCUCAAGAAAUAGAGUCAGAUAUUGAUAAUAGCGGAAAAAUUGGAGAUAGCACAGCAGUAACAACAAUAACCGCCACCGAGAUUACUAAUACUAGUGGUGGGCAAAUUACAGCUACUACUAUUGGCGAUAAGACUACUAAACCAAAUAUAAUUAAUAAGGAUAGUGGUAGCACAAUCACAGCUAACACCAUAAAUGCAACUAAUAUUGACAAUAGCGGAACUAUUAACGGCGAUUCUAGUGCUGCAUCAACAAUAACAGCUACUAAUAUUAAGAACAGUAAAAAUAUAACUAAAGGUGGUGGUAAAUUAACAAUA